AAUACGGGAAGCUUCGUCUAAUUUUAUUUGCUCCCAGCCUUGUCCAUCAUUCACUUCCUGUUUUACUUCCUGGUACUCGGGUGGGGAAACAUCGAUACAGCUUUGACAUUACAUGUAACCAAUAACGCACAGGAUCUCACCUAAGCAGACACUUAUAAAGUCAACCCAACCCACCACGACGCCACAGUCAACCGAGGCGCCUUUCUGAGGACCAAUCUCUCACUGUUGUAAGCUACAACUUGCACCUGCUGCCUUACAGGAACUGAUGGCCUUCAGAAAGGUGGUGAAGGGGACCCUUAUAGGGGGCGGCGCGGUAGCGGCUGUUUUUGGCGCGUCACAGCUGUUGGAGUACAGAAAGAAUCAGCCAAAAUUGAGUCGGCUGGCGUAUGUGGAGGCCCAGGGUGAGCUGAAGAUGCCGUAUCAGGAUGCCCUCCCUACGCGGCAGGAGCAGCUGAACAAGCUCCGCGACACUCCCGAGUUUGACGUCCUGGUGGUGGGUGGAGGGGCCACCGGUGCAGGCUGUGCCUUAGAUGCUGUCACACGCAAUCUGAAGACGGCGCUGGUGGAGAGGAGUGAUUUCUCGUCGGGUACGAGCAGCAGGAGCACUAAGCUGAUCCAUGGUGGCGUGCGCUAUCUGCAGAAAGCCAUCAUGAAUUUAGAUUAUGAGCAGUACAUGAUGGUCAAAGAGGCCCUGGAGGAACGGUCGAAUCUGCUGGACAUCGCCCCUCACCUGUCAGCUCCGCUACCCAUCAUGCUCCCUGUUUACAAGUGGUGGCAGCUCCCAUACUACUGGGCUGGGAUAAAGAUGUAUGACAUGGUGGCUGGAUCUAAGUGCCUGAAGAGCAGCUAUGUGCUGAGCAAGAGCAAAGCCCUGGAGUACUUCCCCAUGCUGAAGAAGGACAAGCUGGUCGGGGCCAUCGUCUACUACGAUGGUCAGCACAAUGACGCACGUAUGAACCUGGCCAUCGCUCUGUCCGCCGCCAGACAUGGGGCCGCCAUCGGCAACUACACAGAGGUGGUCCGGCUCCUUAAGACCACAGACGCACAGACAGGCAAAGAGAGAGUGUGUGGAGCCCGCUGCAAAGAUGUCAUCACAGGCCAGGAGUUUGAUGUGAGGGCCAAAUGCAUCAUCAACGCCACCGGUCCCUUCACAGACUCACUGCGGAAGAUGGACAACCAGAAGACAGCUAAUAUCUGCCAGCCCAGUGCUGGCGUCCACAUAGUCAUCCCCGGCUACUACAGCCCAGACAACAUGGGGCUGCUGGACCCAGCCACCAGUGACGGACGGGUCAUCUUCUUCCUGCCUUGGGAGAAGAUGACCAUCGCCGGGACAACUGACACACCCACUGACGUCACCGCCCACCCCAUUCCCAGGGAGGAAGACAUCAACUUCAUCCUGAACGAGGUCCGCAACUACCUCAGCGCCGACGUGGAAGUGAGGAGGGGGGAUGUCUUAGCAGCCUGGAGUGGUAUCAGACCGCUGGUCACAGACCCCAACUCCAAGAAUACCCAGUCGAUCUGCCGCAACCACAUUGUCAACAUCAGUGACAGUGGACUGGUCACCAUUGCUGGGGGUAAGUGGACUACGUACCGCUCCAUGGCCGAAGAGACAUUGGAUGCUGCAGUGAAGACCCUCGGCUUAACGGCCGGACCCAGCAGAACCAUGGGACUGACCCUGGAGGGGGGCAAGGACUGGACUCCCACCCUCUACAUCCGCCUGGUGCAGGACUACGGCCUGGAGAACGAGGUUGCUCAGCACCUGGCAGCGACCUACGGAGGCAAGUCUUUCGAUGUGGCCAAGAUGGCGCAGGUGACAGGGAAGAGGUGGCCCAUCGUUGGAAAGCGCCUGGUCUCCGAGUUCCCCUACAUCGAGAGUGAGGUUCUGUACGCCAUAAAGGAGUACGCGUGCACGGCCAUCGACGUGAUCGCAAGACGCACGCGGCUGGGCUUCCUCAACGUGCAGGCGGCUGACGAGGCGCUGCCCCGCAUCGUGGAGAUCAUGGCCAAAGAGCUGGGCUGGAGCGAGGAGAGGAGUCAGGAGGAGAUGGAGGCAGCGAAGAAGUUCCUGCAUCAUGAGAUGGGCUACAAGUCCCGCUCAGAACAGCUGACCAAGACCUCCGAGAUCUGUCUCAACGAGCAGGAGGUCAACAGGUAUAAGAAGCGUUUCCACCGCUUUGAUAAGGAGAGCAAAGGCUUCAUCACCAUAGUGGAUGUGCAGCAGGUCUUGGAGAAACUCAGCAUGCGGAUUGAUGAGGAUGCACUCCACGAGAUCCUCAAUGAGGUGGAUUUAAACAAGAAUGGACAGGUUGAGCUUGACGAGUUCAUGCAGCUCAUGAGUGCGGUGAAGAAGGGUCAGGUGUCCGACAGCCGAUUGGCCAUCCUAAUGAAGACGGUUGAGGAAGGGCUGGACCAGAGAGGCCCUGUGUCCGUCGACCGCAGCGGGGGUGGGGUCUAAGGCUGGUGCUUUGACCUCUGACCCUCAAAGCCCCUCCCCCUUGACCCUUAGUCUCAGACAGAAGGGGUACAUUUCAGAUUCAGAGAGUAAACGCCCCCCUGGUAUUGUAUAUGAACACUUGUGCAUUAACUGAUAAGCACAGUGGCUCACCCAGGAAGUAAACAUUACAUGGCCUAAGAUGUGCCGGGCAAAAUAUAUGUGGUAUAAUCAUUUCUUACUCUCUGAACUUGGACCACUCCCACCUUUGAUAUCUGACUUGUGAUUGGCCAGCUGCCUUUAUCAACAGUCUGUAAUAGGACCAGACAUUGGGUCCAUCACAGCAACCAAUGAUCUCAUCCAACCAAUUAGCUGCCUUCUCAUUUUCAUACAUUCCUGUUUUUGUAUGCGCACGCCUAUGACACUGAUGCAAAGUCAAGUCAAACACACUGAUUGUGAAUCUAUUUAGAUUUCAUAAGAUACGCUUGUGUUUAUAUUUUGUAUUUCUCAGUAAUUUAUCAAACGCUUCAUUUAUGCAAUUGAAACUGUUUUUUUGUACGGGAUGUGUUUUGUUAUUAUGAUUUUAAUCACAGGGGAUCUGUGAUGAAGGGCUAAGGGGCUUGCCUGUUCAGUCAUCAGCAUGAUUAACGUGUUGCAGCGCUUUUUUGGGCAUUUUUCAAAACAAGCACAGAAAUGUGACAAGGACACAAGCAAACCCCCCCCCUCCCUCCCCCCAUACACACACACACCAUUGCGUUCUGGUUGUCUUAUUCGGAAAAGUAACAAAAAAUCUAGAUGACACGAUAGACCUGAGAAUAGUGAGACUUGUGACUUUCUGUUGUGUUUCUUUGUUGUGGCUGUUGUCUCAGACAAGCCACUGUGCCAUGUGCUCCAAUCGUUUGAAUGAAGCCGUUUGUAUGCUUCCCAUACUGAUGAGUCAGUCCAGCCACUGCUUUCUGUACUGUACUUCUCUGCUGUGCCAUUUUAUAAGCAAUGUGGGACUUAUGUUAGGAAAACACUUCGUUCAAAGAAAGGCGCCUCUGUUGUGGCUGUGGUGUGGUUUACAGUGCUUGAAAACCCAACUUAAAGGGGAACUUCCCUUUUUGUUUGAAAAGUGUCAGGAAAGUUUAUAGGCUAUGAACAUCAUUACCAUUGUUUUCUCGGUGAAGUGUUAUUUGCGAACCCCAUUAAAGGACAAAAUAUUUUUUGGGGGAAAUAUCAAAGCAACGUUUUUGAAAAGUUGUUUUUGAAAGUCAAGCAUAUUUUAAAAAUGGGACUGUAGUUUUAGACUAUUUUAAGGUUAUUUGCCACUUUGAUGGCACCUUCCUUAUAAAGAGUAUGGAUUGCUUUUAGAUUUGGGAGUGUACUGAGGAACUUGAUGCACUUUAAGCUCCAAGUCUCUUAAGUUUACAUGGAUAACUGCUUUACUGAAACUGCUCCUUUACAUUUUAUAUUUGAUAUAUUCUAUUUAAUAUAUUCUUCUUCCAUCUCGGUGUGGGUUUACUCUAUUUAUUAUGCUUCUCGGUCCUAUUUGGUCUUUUACUAGAAGCCAAAAGGACCAAUAGAUUAUCAUUUAUAUAUUUGUGCAAGAGUGUUUUCUUGAAAAUUUCUAUGCUUGGUUACUUAGCACUCCUAAGACGGUAUUUUAUGUUUUGUAAGGUGCUUGUAGAAGGCCACCCUAUGUGGUUGGUUAGCCUGUAUCUGUGUGGCAGCGCUGCUUGUGUUUUGUUGUUGUGUCUACUGUAAGUGUUGUUUGUGGGAGAUACAGGGAUCCAGUCUCACAUUAAUACAGGAGAAAAGGGAUUGUAUUAAAUGUGCCUUUGUUUCUGGUGGUCUCGGUCAUGCUCAUGAAUGUGUGGAUUGACACAAACAUCUGCAUGCUACACUGCCCGCCAAUCAAUCACUACCUGUCAAUCAAUCACUGAUGCAUGCAAAAGCGGACCAAUGACACAGCUUUUAUGUCAGGGAUACACAAGAAUAAUUACAAAUAAAACAACAGCAAAAAUAAUAAUUCUAAUAGCGCACAUAAUAAUGCAUAAUACUGUAUAAUACAUAAUAAUAUAUUCUAAUAUGUAUAGCUACUGUUUUGUAUCUUGAGAAUGCAAGUUUUGAAAAUAUAUGAUGGACCUACAGUAUGUUGUAUCGUUUUUGUAUUACUGACUGAUACUGUUUAAGUUAAGCUGGAUUUGAGAAUUACACUGUGAAAACCUCAUAGACACUGUCAAGGGUUCAGGUUCCCAACCUUCAUUCAGUUGAAUGUAACCAUGCGAUCAAGGUUGACACAUAAUAGUCAGCAGGUUCAUUUUCCCCCAAGAAAAUGUUGCCAUGUAAUCAUCAUGUCCACCAACACCAUAUUAUUUUAUAAUUACUGUAAUUAUUAGGCUCAUUUGGCCAUAUUAGAAAUGCUUAAAGGACCAGUAUGUAGGAAAUAAUGGAAAAUAAAUUGUAACCAUUCCAAAAACUAUCACCAUAUGUCAUCAGAGAGUAAGAAAAAACAAUGAAUUGAAGUAAUGGCUUAUUUGACAACAUUACUAUAACCUCAUAUUAAGGCAGCUUUUUUGGAAGCUCAUCAAAACUAAAACACAGCUACAGUAUGCCACGUUUUCUCCAGAUUUAAAUGAAGCACAGAAAAGCACGUGUAGCACGUGAGGUUGAUUACUGACACAACACAACCAUAUAGUGCUGAAGGAGCUGUUGGGAACCUGGGCCCACCGCGCAGGGAAAGCAUCUCCUCGGUUUGAUUGGCACCUGAGGGGCCGUGCCCAUCCCGGAGGAGGUGUGUUUUUGCAACUGAGAUUGUCACUGGGACACAAUGCCGAGACAGGCAGGGCUUGUGAACGGCUAGCUCAGUCCCGUCGUGAGCAGGAAACCUCCUCGGCUGAGUGUCCCACUCGUGAUUGUCUGUGCCAAUGGGUGUAAUUUCAUCUUAAUCCAGAUUGAAAGAGAUUCAUAUUCUUUGAAGGGAGUUGGGGGGAUGAGAGGAGAGGAGAUGGAGUGGGGGAAGAGAGAGAGAGCAAUGCAUUGUAACAUGAUCUGGGAAGCUUAUUAAAAAAGCAAUGCAAUUAUAUCAUUAAAUGUAUCUGGUUGCCGAC